AUGGAAGACAGGAUACGAAUAUGGAAGCGCGUACAGCCAUUCUUCACGCGCGCACGCUACCAAGUUGCGCACACCAAACCCGAACACGAACUCGACACAGAGCUUGCCCAGGUUCAAGCCUACAGAUAUGCAACUAUCUCCUCUUUGGGCGAUGGACCAGAGCAAACCACUUUCAAAAAGUCCGCCCAAGUAAGCGAGGACAUAACUUCCAGUCCUUCCAUAGAGACCGGCGCGCCAAAUAGCUUCUCAAAGCAAGACCAACAUGCCCGUUGGAUCUCGGGUGUCUAUAUGUGCGCCCGGUGCGCCGCCGUCGUGCUUUUAAUCAAUUUGAUCUUCAUAGCUGUGGCAGGCGGAUUAGACAGAAACCACCAUACCUCCCUCCAAUUCUCAGGCUCCCGGGUCUUCUAUGAGGGCAGUUGCACUGUGUCAAAGAGAUGGGAUACAGCUUUGCAUUUGAUCAUCAACGCUCUGAGUACUUGCAUGCUAGGUGCUAGCAAUCACUGUAUGCAAUCACUUGUGGCACCGACCCGAGAAGAGGUGGACGCGUGCCAUGCUCAAGGGAAAUGGCUCGAUAUCGGGAAUGCAAGCGUGAGGAACCUUUUCUCAAUUGCGAAGAGUCGGACUUUGCUAUGGCUAGUUCUGAUGAUCACGGCUACCCCUUUUCAUGUACUGUAUAACUCCAUCGUUUUUGAAUCGCUGAGUACGAAUGAGUUUGCCAUGUUCAUUGGGCCGCAUGACCUCACUUCUGAGAAUGUGAUGUCUCUGACAACACCCGGGCUGGAGAAUUACUUGGUGCCGUCUCAUGGCUUGGGGAUCAAUGACAAGGAAAUUGGAUCUUUGAGCUGGGGGGAGUACUCUUCUGCGAUUGCGCAAGGGGAUUAUAAAAAGCUCACCCUGGAGGAAUGUCAGAGUAUUACCAAGAACAGCAAUGCUGCGGGAACAAAGGUACUCACAGUUCUGGUGAAAGAGUUGUCUGUGGAAGAUGGAGGAGACAGGGCGAUACUUGCGACAGGACUGACAGGAGGCUUUCCGAAUUCGAAAAGUAAUCUUUUCGUGAACUGGGAACAAGGUCUUGCUAUAGAAGGAGGUGCUCUCUCGAGUGACAUGUGGUACAAUCAGGAUGCUGGUCUUUUCAACGAGACUUUUGGCUGCGCAAGUCCGAUCUCAACUGCAGUGUCAGUAUUUACUUCACAGGAGUGUCUUGAGAUCUCUGCAGAAGAGAAAUGCCAACUGCUUUUGAGUGCUGCUAUCUGUAUUGUGGUUGCUUUGACUGCUGCAGUUAAGGUGAUUGCGAUGUUUUUGGCCGCUCGAAUCAGUCGGUCCAGAUCUGUUCCUCUUCUCACAGUCGGUGAUGCUGUUGCGUCUUUCAUGACGAGACCUGAUCUGACGACGAUGGGUUUUUGCUGGAUGUCAAAGAAAGACGUUCACUGUGGAGUAUGGAAGCCCGUCCGCGGGUUGGAGGAUUCAUCUGAGGCAUCUACAGAGAUGUUAGGGCAGAACGACCGUCACGCUAUGAUCAGGUACAGAACCUUGACACGGCCCAAAUGGUAUAUGCAAGUACCAAGCAAGCAAAGAUGGGCAGCAACAUACUUUUUAUGUUUUGCCUGCAUAGGAACAGCAGCAGCCAUAUUCCAAACCGGAGUCCUUCGUCCAAACGACACACAAGAAACACUCGACACAGAGCUGCUUGGAGAGUGGUGGUCUCAAGGCUUUGGUGCAAGUAAUUACAAUAUCAUCGGCAUCCAUGUACCCAUGACCAUGCUCGGCUCCGUCGUCAUCGCCAAUAUACCACAACUGCUCAUCACACUAAGCUACUACUGCUACAACAAUGUGCUUACCGACAUGCUCGCAGCAGGAGAAUACAACUCCUACGGCAUCACUCGGAAACCGCUACGAGUGAGCCGACCCGUCAAAGGCAGCGAGCAAAGAUCUACAUACUGGCUCAGUGUUCCCUACAGGUAUGCACUGCCGCUGAUGGUGCUGUAUAUGAUUCUCCAUUGGCUGGUCUCACAGGGCAUUUUCUACGUCUUGGUGAUCCCCUAUGAUUUGCAAGGCAAUGUAAAUGAUGAGUACAAGGUUGACUCUCUUGGCUAUUCGCCUUUGCCUGUGUUUGUGGCGAUUCUCGUCGCUUCCCUUAUGAUAUGCAUAUUGGCUGGAUUGGGGUUGAAACGAUUCAAGUCGGAUCUGCCUGUAGCUGGGGGUUGCAGCGUUGCGAUUAGUGCGGCUUGUCAUCCGCCCAAAGGAGAGAAUCUGGAUACUGUGGCUCUUGGUCCAGUCAAAUGGGGUCAGACGUUAGGAUUGCCUGGUUGGGCAUUGGGGCAGUUCCGCGAUGAGGUCGAUGGGCGAGGCCAUUGUAGUUUUACCGCGCUGGACACGGUGAAACCGACACUGACGAAGAUAUAUGCUUAG